UUGAAGCUGCUGGCGACACAGAUCGGUGACGAUGACGUUGCCGCGCUGGCCGUUGCGCUCGCAUCCGGUCGCAACACACGGCCUCUGACGCUCGACCUCUCGGAGAACGAGCUUACGCUGGCGUCCAUAAAGCUCCUCUUGACAGCACUCGGUGCGUGCCACAACGUCACUCUCUAUGUGAACGAGGACGAGUUGACUCCGACAAUCCGAGCUCUUAUGGAGCAGCACCACCUCGUGGAGACAUCCGUGGGCGUCUUAGUGUCGCCGACGCGCGCAUCGUCACCGUGGCAUGCGAUGUGA